UCUGGGGACCUGCUUAGUCUCCUCUUGAGGUGAACAUGUAAUAAUUAUAAAUCAAUACAUAUAGUCAUGUACACCAACUCUUUCAAGCUCUCUUCAGUGUCAACAUUGAUGUCUUUUGGUCCACAUGGUCCAUGCCAUCUUUCAUACCCUUUUUCUAGCUCUAUGUUCAUGUCAAUUUAAACACAAUCUCUGCCUGUAACUGUCUGUCUUAUGGCACCAAAUGACACACACUUUCAUGGAGGCCUGGGAUUCCAUGCUCUUUCAUCUACCAAAAACCAGGAAAACCCCUCCAAUCAGCAUUCAUCGCCUACAUCCGAGCAAGCUUUUCCAGUGUUAGUCAUUGUUGUAUUAAGCAUCCUGGGCACAGCUUUCUUGUUUGUUGCAUUUGUGGUCAAAUACUGCUCUAACUGGCACCAAGUUAAUCCACUAAGGUGGUUUUCAUUGUGGAGAGCUAGAGAUGAUGAAGAACCCUUUAUAGCUCUCUCUCCAACAAUGUGGAACCACGGGCUUGACGAUUCGGAGAUUCGGGAAAUCCCAACUGCCCAGUUCAGUAGCAGAAAAGAAGGUGAACACAGAAGCAUAUAUGGGUGUGUGGUCUGUUUGGCUGAGUUUCAAGAACAAGAUAUGCUAAGAGUUCUUCCAAGUUGUAGUCAUGCAUUUCAUUUAGCUUGCAUUGACAUAUGGCUUCAGAGCAAUGGCAAUUGCCCCCUAUGCAGAACAAGCAUUUCAGGUACAAGUCGGAAUCCGGUUGAUCAUAUCAUUGCACCAAGCUCUUCACCUCAAGAUUCUCAGCCACUUACAGAGAGUCUCAUGGGUGGUGAUGAAGAUUUUGUGGUGAUUGAACUGGGAGGAGAACAUGCUGGCAUUCAGUUACCUCAAAGGCAGCAAAUACAAGACAUUCCAAGUGAAGUUCCAGAGCAGCCAACAAGGCAAUUGCCAGCGAAAAUGGAGCAUAAGCGUGGGUGCCUGAAACCCAGUAUUCACCAUCGAGUGUCGAUUUUAGGAGACGAGUGCAUUGAUACAAGAAAGAAAGACAAUGAGUUCUCUAUCAGCCCGAUCAGGAGAUCAUUUUCACUGGAUUCAGCAGCAGAUCAACAGCUUUACUUAACAGUUCAAACUGUCAUUCAACAAAGCAGGCAUCUUAGCAAUAAUUGUAGCCCUGAAGAAAGUAGUAACAGAAUCAGAAGAUCGUUUUUUCCAUUUGUUCAUGGCAGAGGGUCUAGAAAUGCAGUUCUUCCCGUCGAACUAGAUAGAAUUUGAGUUUCAAAGUAUGGGAAUUUGUUUUUUUUUUUUAAUUUAUUGGUUUGGAGUUUAUGUUUUCUGGAAUCUUUAGAAGGACAUUGAAUAGUUCAAUAGUCCAAGAUGAGUGUAGAGUGACUUUGGAUUGUAAUCAUAGAUAGUCAUAGAAGAUGAAGGUGUUGAUUGAAUGAAGGC